CCGCGCCCGCCGAACGCAUGGAUCAUCUACCGCUCGCAGAAGCUCAAGGCGAUGCACGCUGAUCCGACGAAACCCAAGCGGCCACAGGCCGAGGUCUCGCGCGAGAUCUCCAAGAUGUGGAAGGAGGAGGAUCCCGCGGUGCGCGCGUUGUACGAGCAUGAAGCGGAGCUCAGGAAGGCGGAGCACGCGAGCAACUAUCCUGGCUAUCGUUACCAGCCCGUCAAAAAGGAGGAAAAG